AUGUCCUCACAAUACGCCAGUGAGCCUAAUCCCACCGCGUCGGCUACGCUCAACACGACCGUGGGCCCUAUUCAUAUCGCACUAUUCGCGACCCAGACCCCUCUCACUUGCAAGAACUUCCUCCAGCACUGCAAGGACAACUACUAUGCAGAUACAAUCUUUCACCGUGUGGCUCCGGAUUUUGUGAUUCAGGGCGGUGAUCCCACCGGCACUGGCUCUGGCGGCACCUCGAUCUAUGAAUACCCAGAAUUCGAAUUCGACCCGGAAGCUCGAGACCCAAAUGAGCGGGUAGUUUUACGCGAUGAAAUACACAGUCGACUGCGUUUCAAUCGACGUGGCUUGGUAGGAAUGGCCAAGAGCGAGGAUGGGACAUAUGGCAGUCAAUUUUUUAUCACGUUGGCGAACACAGAGCGCGAGAUGAAUGGACAAUGCACAAUUUUUGGGAGACUGGAAGGAGAUAGCAUCUACAAUGUCUUGAAAAUUGCAGAUGCGGAGCGCAUUGCGGGCACUGAGCGACCUGUUUACCCAAUCAAGGUGACAUCCUGCGAGGUAGGAGAACUGGGGCCAUUGGAAGGGAAGUUGAAAGACAGAAAAACCGUCUCAACAGCUGGGAAGCCUGAAAAAAGUGCGAUCAAGAAAAAGAAGAAGGCAGCAAAGGGGAAAACGCUGCUGAGUUUCGGAGACGACGAAGGCGAUGAGGAAAUGCCCAUGCGUUUAGCGAAACCGAAAUUCAACACCAGCCUGGUGGCAGAUGUACCCGGCGCAAAGCUCGAGCCAUCAAACUCCAACUCCCGAACUGAAGUCCCAGCACAGCCGCGCAAACGGCUCCGCUCGUCAUCUCCAAAACGAUCGCCGUCCGCAGACCGUAAAAAACGCCCAAAGACACCAGAACCGGAAACACAACUCCCGGUGCCUGACCCCGAGUCGCCUUCUCGGUCCCCACCCCCAGAUGCCGCGCCCCCAAAGGAGUCCAAGUUGUCGCGGACAAACGCUCAGAUUGCCGCCUUGAGGGCAUCGAUGCGUCGCGACGUCGAUAUUGGUCCCAAAGAUACAGGCCGAAAGAAAUCUGCCCUCGAAGCUAUGAUCCCCGAGACCUCCAUUCGAGGACGGAAGCGGCCACCCCCAGGUUCUGCCAAUGGCUCCAGUCGCAAUGGCACUGGGCCGAGCAAUGCAGCUGAGAGAGAGGCAUUGCAGCUUUUCAACGCUUUCAAAGCCAAGCUCGAGGCUGCCAAACCAGAACCAACGACCGCAACAUCAAAUAGCAAAACUCACACCGAUCAAGACUUAAAUCAAGACAAAGACGCAGAAGACGAGGAAGCCCAACUCUGCGAUCUGCACUUCAUUGCAAACUGUCAAUCCUGCCAAGCAUGGGACAAUCCAGAGGCAGAGGCGGAUGAUCCUGCACAGCAAGGCGGAGGAUGGCUCUCACACGAACUCCGAUUCGGAAAAGAUACCCUAGGCAAAGAUUUGAACUGGAAGCGCGAGCACGGAGGCGAUGCAGACUCACUUAUGGUGAUUGAUCCGCGCGAGCGGGAAAAGGAGGUGGUAGGAGGCAAGCGAGGGCUGCAACGAGAUAGAGAACGUGAGCGUAAACGAGGGCGAGUGGGUGAUUUGGAAUGGGAUAAGGGGCGCUAA